CAGUUCCAAAACUCCAACCAUGGUCAUAAACUCAACCCACAACCUCCUCUUCCUCCUUCUCCUCCUCCUCCUCUCCAAUCUCCUCACCUUCCUCCUCUUCUCCUCCCCAUCAUGCCCUUCCAUCCCAUCCCAACCUUCACCUCCUUCACUCCCACCAGAGUUCCUCACCUUCACAUCCCCUCAACCUCUCCCCUUCGGUCACAACCCCAACUUCGACUCAUCCACUCUCCACCCCCCCGUCGGCCACUCUUGCACUCUCUUCCUCCCUGACCUCCUCCGCUUCUCCUCCUACCCCAUCAACGGCUCCUGCCCGGACGACGAACUCCUCUCCCAAAAACUCCUUCUCCGCGGCUGCGAACCCCUUCCCCGCCGCCGCUGCCGCCCUCCUUCCCCUCCCAACUUCCCAGAACCCUCUCCUCUCCCUCUCAGUCUUUGGUCCACCCCUCCUGACUCCUCCAUCCACUGGUCCUCAUACUCCUGCAAAUCCUUCUCCUGCCUCAUCGCCCGCAAACACCUCCCCAACUUCGACGACUGCAAGGACUGCUUCGACCUUUCCGGCCGUGAACUCUCUCGCUGGGUCACCCCCUCAACCAACCCUCUUGACUUCACCAUCGACUCCGUUCUCUCCUCUAAACCCCCCGGCACGAUCCGCAUCGGCCUUGACAUCGGCGGUGGCUCUGGCACCUUCGCUGUUCGCAUGUUGGAACGCAAUGUCACUAUCGUCACCACGUCCAUGAACCUCAAUGGCCCGUUUAACAGCUUCAUUGCAGCGCGUGGUGUUGUUCCUUUGUACGUGAGUGUGUCUCAGAGGUUGCCUUUCUUUGAUAAUACACUUGAUAUUGUGCAUUCCAUGCAUGUUUUGAGUAACUGGAUUCCUACGACGUUGUUGCACUUUAUUAUGUUUGAUGUUUAUCGUGUGCUGAGACCUGGUGGGGUUUUUUGGUUGGAUCAUUUUUUUUUUGUGGAGGAUCAGAUGGAGGUGUAUGUUGGGGUUAUUGAGAGUGUUGGGUUUGAGAAGGUGAAAUGGGUUGUGGGGAGGAAGCUUGAUAGAGGACCGGAGAUUAGGGAGAUGUAUAUCUCUGCUUUGCUUGAGAAGCCGCUGAAGAACUCUUGGUAAUGGUACAAUUAUUUAUGGUCCUUAUCUUUUCAAUUUUAAUUAGCUCAUGGAUAUUGAUCAAGCCAACACAAGUGUAGAGUAGAGGGAUGAAAAUAAAGGAAUGAGUUGUAGAGAACUGAAGAAAUUGAUUCAUGUUUGAGUUAUUUCAC